AGUAGAUAAAAGAAAGGAGCGAAAAAUGUAAUUAAUGAGAGGGUGUGUGCAUGUGAUGAUUGCAAAGCACAAAGCAACUAGCCAGAGAAGAAAAAGUGGGAGACCGCAAAAAAAGCAACUGCAAUUUCUAUCGCAGUCUCUCUUUCAAACGUUUUGGCACUCCCAAGUUUUGAAAUCAAAUUCAAAAAGAGAAAAUAUGGUUAAGGACCAAAAGGAGGAGCCUGCAAUUAUCACCAACACCACACCCCACCAGGAAGAGAAGGACCCCGAGUUCGGAUCUGAGGACUUGCUUGAGUCCCCAUUGCCCCUCACCGUCACUUCUCGGGUGUUGUAUAUGUUAGGAGACAUAGCGGCAGGUCCGGCUUAUCGGUUCACACAAUGGCUGGAACUGGUUCGUAAGCGCAGUGGCAAAUAUCGCUCCUCUGGUUUCCCUAACCGCCCGCCCAGAAUCGAUACUAUGCCAUUCUGUUCAGGAGAAUCAACUGUUGAUUCCAGAAGUUCUUUGCCUGUUGAGCAAGCUACAGAAAUAAGUUUGUGGGAAAGACUUGGUAAAGCUGCUAUGAUGGAUAUUGAAUCAUGUUCUUUUUCUUGGGACAUGCUUUCCUCACUUCACCAUACUGAACAUAGUAGUAGCAAUGAUCAUUCUGAGGAUGAAAUGAGUAAAGCUCUUGAGGUCACCGUGAAUUCUGGAGGGGUUGUCUUCUUUGCUCUAUUCAACUGGCCUGAGAAUGAUGAUUAUUUCCUGAAGGAGGGAGCAGCAGUUAUAAAGUUUUCAUCUUCAAGAGUGGCCACACAAUCAGAACGUCUUGGUUACGAAUUCGCAAAGUGGCUAGGAGUUCGAACUCCACAGGCUAGAGUCAUUCACAAUUCUAGUACGGAGUGGCUUCAGAUUAAGGAAGCUGCAGAAAAAGCAAGAGAUGCAGCAAUUUCAGAAGGAGAUGAAGUUGGUGAAGUCACAUGUUCAGAGCUUUUAGAAGCUCUUGAACUUAGCCGAUGCCUCUUUCUGAUGAAUUAUGUACAUGGAUCUCCUCUCUUGGAAAGCUCAAGUGCAUUUGACUCACGAGAAGCUGCAGAAAAGACAGCAGCAGCCCUUGGCAGGGUCUUGAUGUUGGACCUUGUCAUUAGAAAUGAAGAUAGACUUCCUUGUCGUCAGCUCAGAUGGCGUGGAAAUCCCGCAAAUCUAUUGUUGGCCGACAAAAUGGCCUCUACUGACAUGGAUGCAUUGGAGGAAGCAUUUGAUUCUGCAAUCAAGCGAUAUAGGCCUAGGGUAAUUAGGGCUCUUCAGAAAGAAAGAAGGGCGACAUCAGUUGACAGCAGAUUGAGCCCUCAUAAUUCAGGAUUGGUAUCACAGAGUUCUGAUCUUUCUGAUGCCAUAGGAUCACCAUCAUCGAGCAACACUAGUCUGGAGGGUCAAGCUUUGAAUCAGUCAGGUCUUUCAGAUUUUCAUAUUGUGGCAAUCGACUCUGGAGUUCCUCGCAGACCACCAGCAGGAAAACGUGCAAAUGACCAGGCAAAUUAUCCAAAACUGGUUGAGCUCAUGCUCAACAGCUCCAAGUAUUCCUUGAAUCUAUUACAUGAGAUAACAGGAGGGAAGUUAGGAUUUGCUUCAGAUGAUACUGAAACAGCAACUGAUAUACUUUUGACUGAGAUGGCUUCAGUUGUUCAUGAAUUUCGUCGUGGGUUUCGAGCUGCACUAAGAGACUUGCAGGGUUUCCAUAUAUUCCUACUCACACUCCACCAAAAACUGGAUGGCCUCUUACGAGUAUUUCUGAAUAUUGUAAAUAGAAAUUCCUGUGUUGAUUUUGACAGAGAGGAUUUGGGGGCCUCUGAGGCACAGUCGCAGGCUCCUGUAAUAGGUCAUUGUCCCUCUCCACCAAGUAAGGAACGGGUUAUUAAUGAUAAUCAUCCAGAUUUGAGUGACCCAGAGGUACAGAGAGCAGCUCCUAGGUUAUCAUCUUCUGGAGUUAGAGAAAGCUCAGACUCUAGUUCUCCCAUCUCUCGAGAAGCUUGGCAUGGGAAGUUCAGCAGAGGGAGUGUGGAGUCACUCCGAAGCCUGCGAUUGACAACGAAGCUCCGUGACUUUCACAGAUUUGCCAAGGUUGAUGCAGAAUCAAGCAAAGAGUUGGAACAAUGGAAUGAAAUGCUAAGAAAUGAUGCAGUUAAAUUAUGCCAAGAGAACAAUUUCAAUUCAGGUUUCUUCGAGGGUAAUGAUAAUAAUGGUGUUGUUGAUGCUUAUGAGUUGAAGGUCAGGCUUGAGCACAUUCUUGAGAGGAUAGCAUUGAUAUCUGAUGCUGCAAAUACAGAGCGACCAUCUUCAAUUACAGCGAGUCUCUUCAUUGGUGGGGCCCUUGCUGCAAGAUCUGUGUACACACUACAACAUUUAGGAAUUACACACAUAUUGUGCUUGUGCUCCAAUGAGAUUGGACAGUCAGAUUCUCAGUAUCCUGACCUAUUUGAGUACAAAAAUUUUUCUAUUUCUGACAGUGAAGACACAAACAUCAGCAGCAUAUUUGAAGAAGCUUCUGUGUUCAUUGAUCAUGUUGAACAAACUGGCGGGAGGGUUCUGGUUCAUUGCUUUGAAGGGAGAAGUAGAAGUGCUACGUUAGUUCUUGCUUACUUGAUGCUCAGGAAGAACUUCACUCUAUUAGAAGCAUGGAAUGCCCUAAAACGAGUACACCGCCGAGCGCAGCCCAAUGAUGGGUUUGCCAGGACCCUCCUGGACCUGGACCGCAAACUGCAUGGAAAGGUUUCAAUGGAGUGGCAUCAGCGAAAACCGCCAAUGAAAGUUUGCCCCAUCUGUGGGAAAAAUGCUGGCUUGAGCAGCAGCUCGCUUAAGCUUCAUUUGCAGAAAUCACACAAGAAGCUAUCAUCAGGGAGCGUGGACAGUGCUAUGACUAUGGAGAUCCAAAAGGCUAUAAGUGCUCUCAAGAUUAGCCGAGGUGGGAGUGUCAGCCCUACACAGAGGCAGUCUAAUUCAGUCAUGGAUGAAUAGGAACAGGGACCUUUUUUCAUUUAUGAAUGCAAGGAAACUGUGACAAUAUCAUUUCUAUGGCUUGAACCCCCUCCAACAUUAAGGUCGAUAUUGCCUGGAGAAUCUUCAAUUGCUUUGCAGCAGGUAACUUGUGAGUCAUCUGGAAGAGAUGAAGCCUCCAUGCUGUUUGCCUAACGAGGUGGGCCUGCCAGAUAUUCUGGUUAAUGAGUUUCUCAGUAACAAACAUUCUGUGUCUCACAACUGCAAAAUACCUGCAGCAGCACUUUAAGAGAAGAAAGGAUGGUUUAUUUUGUGUUCUCCUGAACACCAGGUUGAAUUCAAUUUGCAUCUGUUGGAUACAAUAUGUUGCUUUGUUGCAACUAUUUUUUGAAAUAGAUGUAACAAUUGAUCACA